UUCCUACUCAUCAUUAAUUACUGUAAAGGCAGUACCAAAGGACGAGCCCAGAAAGAACGAAGUAUUGCUCAAGUCAUUGAAGAAUGUAAUCCACGACAAGUUUUUAACAAUCCAUAUGCUUCUCUAAGUAUCCAGCAACAACGGAUUAGGCUUCCAAUAUUCAGGCAUCGAAACCAAAUCAUAUACUUAAUGGAGAGAUACCAGAGCAUUGUGCUAGUAGGUGAAACUGGUUGUGGAAAAAGUACCCAAGUACCGCAGUACUUAUACGAAGCUGGAUGGGGAAAAGACGGUAUUAUUGGAGUCACUCAGCCUCGUCGGGUAGCAGCCGUGGCGUUGGCUUCGCGGGUAGCAGAUGAGCGCAUGACUAUGCUUGGCAACGAGGUUGGAUACGCAGUGCGCUUCGAUGACUUCACGGAUCCAGAAGCAACUCGGAUUAAGUACCUGACUGACGGCAUUCUGAUUCGGGAAAUCAUGAAAGACCCGCUGUUAAAGCAAUACUGUGUAAUCAUGAUCGACGAGGUUCAUGAGCGCAAUCUUUGCACGGACGUCAUACUGGGCUUGCUGCGGAAGAUCAUUGCCAAGCGCAAGGACCUGCGGGUAAUUAUAUCUUCAGCUACGCUUGACGCCGAACUCUACUGUGAAUACUUCAACUUCAACACAUCGAAGGAAUCUGACAAAGACACGUGCAAAAUUUUAUCAGUCGAAGGUCGCAAUUAUCCGGUCGAGGUGUUUUACAUGAAAAAUCCAGUUCCUGAUUACAUCCAGGCGACAAUUAGUACUAUACUUAAGAUUCAUCGCUUCGAGGCACCCAGCGGCGACAUUCUGGCUUUUCUCUCCGGCCAAGACGAAGUGGAGGCUGUGUGCUCGAUCCUCAGAAGUGAAGGACAGAAGUUGAAGAACUGCGACCGUCUUUGGGUACUUCCCGCUUAUGGUGCCCUGCCUUUUAAGGAUCAGGUGAACUACCUUAUUAUUAACAGCUAUCCGGUAAACAUUUUUGAUCUCUUUAUCUUUAUUUCUGGUCGUUGCUACCAACAUUUUAUCGACUGCGGAUUUGUCAAACUCAGAGCCCUACAUCCAAGGACCGGCAUCGAGUCAUUGAUGUUAGUUCCAAUAUCGAAGGCUUCGGCUGAACAGCGCAGUGGCCGCGCUGGCCGCAUUAGGCCUGGCAAGGCCUAUCGGAUGUAUCCUGAGGAAGAAUAUAUGAAGUUAAGCGCACACACUGUGCCGGAAAUACAGCGCUGUAAUCUCGCCCCAAUGGUGCUGCAAAUGAAAGUGUUGGGUAUUCAGAACAUCUUACGAUUUCACUAUUUAUCGCACCGUUUUAAUCAUACACGGGAAUUACUCUUCGCUCUUGGAGGUAAGUUCUACAGGUUAUAUUUCUUCCGUUGGGGGAACAGAUGGCUGAAAUGCCCCUUCCCCCAAUGUGCUCAAAGUUCUGAGGAAAUGUUGUCCAUUAUUUCGAUGCUGCAGAUUCAAGACGUAUUCUUGUUUCCAGUUGGUCACAAGCAUAAAGCGGUAUGUAGGAAAAUGUCUGUCGAAGAGGGGGAUCAUCUCACCAUGUUAAAUGUCUUUACGGCAUUUCAGGAAAACGGCUGUUCUCAGCGCUGGUGUCAGGAUCAUUAUCUGAACUACAGAGGUCUUUGUCGAUGUGUAGAAAUUCGGCUGCAAUUGCUACGCUUUUUACAAAAGUUCAAUGUCCCCAUCGCAUCCUGCAGAGGACGCUUGGAUUGCACGGACCGAAUUGCGCGUUGUCUCGUUUCUGGUUUCUUCAGUAAUGCGGCCAAACUACACACCACUGGUCUGUACCAUACUGUGAGAGAGAACUUCCCGCUAAAGAUUUACAAAGGUUCGGCCAUCAUGUACCGCAAGGAAUACCCUCCAUGGGUUGUUUUUAACGAGGUGCUGUCUAACUCGAUGCGGGAUAUCACAGUGAUCGAUCCCCAUUUACUGUGUGAAGUUGCACCUCAUUUUUAUGAGUUUGGAACGAGACUACGUAUUUUGUAA